CCCCACCCCAUUUCAUACGCUCUAGAUCUACAAGCAAUAUGCAGCCAGCCACUUGCCUGGAAAGGGUCUGUGCAUGUCCAAGCAGCAGAUGCUGGACCCAGGGAGCUCUCUGCACCAAAUGAGCAAGCGAGGCCUCCAGGGACUGACUUGCCAACAGCUGGACUUGAUCACCAGCUUGAAACUGAGAUCAUACACUGGGUAGAAUAACAAGCGGACUUUGUUCUCUGGCUGUGCAAAGCGUUGUUUUCCAAGGAAUUGCCACAGCGGCAGACAGAAAACCAGAGAUCACACUACCUGGACCCUUAAGUCUCUUUAGAGAAACAAAGUGUAAGAAAUUCUGCUACUGGGGAGUGUACAGGAUGAUGAUGACUCUUCGGAGAGCUUGUUCACUGAUUCUCUUCCUCACAGCAUUUCUGCCCCCACCACAACAUGCCCAGGACCCAGCUAUGGUACAUUACAUCUACCAGCGCUUCCAAGUCUUGGAGAAAGGGCUGGAAAAAUGUACCCAAACAACAAGGGCAUACAUUCAAGACUUCCAGGAAUUCUCAAAAAACAUCUCCAUCAUGCUGGGGAAGUGUCAGACCCACACAAGUGAAUACAAGAGUGCAGUCGACAACCUGGCACUAAGAGUGGAACGUGCCCAGCGGGAGAUCGACUACCUGCAAUACCUCCGGGAAGCUGACAUAUGCAUCGAAUCAGAGGAGAAGACACUGGCUGAGAAGGUACUUCAAGAAGCAGAAGAAGAAAAGAAGAUCCGAGCUCUGUUGAACGCAAGCUGUGACAACAUGCUGAUGAGUAUAAAGUCUCUGAAAAUAGUGAAGAAGACCAUGGACCCAGAUGGCUCUUGGAUGAAAGAUGCUGGUGGUAACUCUGCAAAAGUGUAUUUAUUAAUUGGAUCUAGACACAACACAGUUUGGGAAUUUGCAAACUUGCGGGCAUUCAUGGAAGAUAGCAGCAAGCCUGGCCCCCGGAAGCUAAUCUUACCACUUUCCUGGCAGGGGUCAGGGCAAGUGAUCUACAAAAGCUUUCUAUUUUUUCACAAUCAAGGAACUUCUAAUGAGAUAAUUAAAUACAAUCUGCAGAAGAAGACUGUGGAGGAUCGAAUGCUUCUCCCAGGAGGGGCAGGCCGAGCACCCAUCUAUCAACACUCCCUAUCCACUUACAUUGACCUUGCUGUGGAUGAACAUGGGCUCUGGGCCAUCCACUCAGGACCGGGUAUCCAAGGCCAUUUGGUUCUCACGAAAAUUGAGCCAGACACUUUGGGGGUAGAGCAUUCAUGGGACACACCGUGUAGAAGCCAGGAUGCUGAAGCUUCAUUCCUCCUAUGUGGGGUCCUCUAUGUGGUCUACAGUUCCGGCGGUCAGGGCCCUCAUCGUAUCACCUGUGUCUAUGACCCACUGGGCACUGUUAGAGAAGAGCAUCUGCCCAAUUUGUUCUUCCCCAGGAGGCCUAGGAGUCACUCCAUGAUUCAUUACAACCCUAGAGAUAAGCAGCUGUAUGCCUGGAAUGAUGGCAAUCAGAUCAUUUACAAACUCCAGACAAAGAAAAGGCUGCCUCUGGAGUAAUGGACGGCAGCUUGGGGGGCGGGGGGCGGGGAGUUGUGUGGCUUGAGCAGUGGUUUUCCAGAACACUGAGGUCACAGCCCCUUUAGAGUGUAGUACCCCUCUAGAGGCACACAAAAAUAGAAUGUAAAAGUUUAAAUACAUAUUAUUCCUUUCCCAAAUGUCAUUGCCUUAGGUAUCAUUUGAGAGCAUAGAUGAGGCCAUUGUUCCAAUGUUUUGACCAAUACCCCAUCCUCAUCCAAGUCUGAUGGGGCUUAAGGCCUCCUCCAUCUGAUCUUAGUCCCAAUCUUUCCUUAUUCCAGAAUUUUCUCUGACUCUAUUCCUCUUCCAGCAAUUAGGAUAUUGCCACCCCUGACACUCACUGAUUUCUUCUUUGGCUUUCACUCAGGCUCUGUCCUCUUUUUCAAAUGCUUAUAAAUAUUUUUUCAUUGACCAACUUUAUUAGUUAAUUUUCUUGUUGCUAUGACCAAAUACCUAGCAAGCAACUUAAGAGAGGAAAGGUUUGUACUGGCAUAUAGUUUUAAAGGGGAGCGAGCACAGUGGUGCAUGCCUUCAGUCCCAGCGCUCAGGAAGCAGAGGCAGGUGGAUCUCUGUGAGUUAAAGAUUAACCUGAUCUACAUUGUAAGUUCCAGGCCAACCAAGGCUACAGAGUGAAACCUUAUCUUAAAAAAAAAUGGAUAUAGUCCAUCACCGUAGUAGUCAAAGGGUGGUAGCAGUGGCAUGAGACAGCUGUUCAUAUUACAUCUGCAAUCCAGAAGCAAGGAGCAGACCAGAAGUGGGGCUGCACUAAGAAACCUAAAGGCUUACCCUCAUAGUACUCACCUCCUCAAGUUAGGCCUGCACCCAGCUGGGAACCAAAUGUUCAAGCACAUGAGCCUAUUCAGCACGUUUCACACUGAGGCCAUAACACUCAGGAAGCACUAUUUCUUGUUGAUGUUUAAUUUUUAUUUCCUCUAGCCUUGCCCUUUGCUAAGCCAAGUGGAUACAGUAACAAAAUAAAAGCAAUAAUAGUUGGAUGUUACUUUCUAGUUACAAGGCCUUUUAACAUUGUUUAAUUCUCUUUUUACCUUUGUAGGUGCUUGCAAAUCUUUAUAGUUGCUAAGCCAGAGAAACUACAAAAUGAAAGAGCUAGAAAAGAUUGCAAAUAUCAUAGUCAUUCCAUCAUCCAAGGAAGGAAGUUUCAAUUAUAUACUUUUGCCGACCUAUCCUUAAUCAUUAUGUCCACAGUUCAGCCUAAAAAUAAUUAGUUAGACCCUUAGGCAGUUCUCAUGUCUGCACAAGGUCUUCUUGUAGGUCUUUCAAAGUCAGCUUUCUCCAGAAAACCAGCCCAAGAAUAAGGACAAAAGUCUAGCCUCAUCUUGUCUUUCUGUUGCCUGCUUCUUUCUUCUUGCUUUAAAUACAAUAAAAGUGAUAUUUAGCAAAUAAC